CUGGGCCAGCACGGCUACUCGUUCACGACGACGGCCGAGCGCGAGAUCGUCCGCGACAUCAAGGAGAAGCUCACGUACAUCGCCCUCGACUUCGACCAGGAGAUGAAGACGGCCGCCGAGUCCAGCGCCCUCGAGAAGUCCUACGAGCUCCCCGACGGCAACGUGAUUGUGAUCGGCAACGAGCGCUUCCGCUGCCCGGAAGUGCUCUUCCAGCCGUCCUUCAUCGGCAAGGAGGCCUCCGGCGUCCACGACUGCACGUUCCAGACGAUCAUGAAGUGCGACGUCGACAUCCGCAAGGACCUCUACGCGAACAUCGUGCUCUCGGGCGGCACGACCAUGUUCCCCGGCAUCGGCGAGCGCAUGACCAAGGAGCUCACGGCGCUCGCGCCCUCGACGAUGAAGAUUAAAGUGGUGGCGCCUCCCGAGCGCAAGUACUCCGUCUGGAUCGGCGGCUCCAUCCUCUCGUCGCUCUCCACGUUCCAGUCGAUGUGGAUCUCCAAG